AUUAACUAAAAUCCAAAUCAAAACUCAAUAAACCUAUCUGCAUAAGAUAGAAAUUGAACGAAAGCCGAUUCCCAAUUUGAUAUGAUCUCACUUUGUUGAUUUAUUUCUUCCGCCUUUCGAGUAUUGACGUACGCACAAUUAACAACUUGUUAGGGCUAUUCUCUCCAGAUCCGGCUUCCUUUCUGAAGUUACCGGCGAGAGUGCCAAAAGUCUCUGGAUCUGUCGCUUUCAGCCACGAUGCAGCAGUGUUUCACGGCUCUCUCAAUCUCUGUCUUAUUAUGUUUAUCUUCCGUUAUCUUCUUCAGCUCGAUAAGCAAUCAUUUCGCUAGAGCUGAAGUCAUAGCUUUGACGGUUGAUACCUUCAGCGACAAGGUGCAGGAGAAAGAUACAGCAUGGUUCGUCAAGUUUUGUGUCCCUUGGUGCAAGCACUGCAAAAACUUGGGGACCUUGUGGGAGGAUUUGGGGAAAGAGAUGGAAGGCGAGGAUGAGAUUGAGAUUGGCGAAGUAGAUUGUGCAACGGAUAAACAAGUUUGUUCAAAAGUAGAUAUCCAUUCAUACCCUACAUUCAAGUUAUUCUAUAAUGGAGAAGAAGUGAAGAAAUACCAAGGAGCUAGGGAUGUUGAGUCACUCAAAGCCUUUGUUAUUCAAGAAACAGAAAAGGUAGCUGCGCAUGAUAAUGACGGUGAUCUGUGACACAAGUGUCGUAUGCAUGCUAUCUUUUGCAGCUUUUGGGAAGUUCUCUGACAAAGGACCAUACUAUGACGAGGACCAGAAUUUUUGUUUUGAGUUCCCAUAGACGGCUACUCUUUUUCUUCUUUUCUAGACCAGUAUAGACAACUUACACGAAUAGAAUUUUGUUUGAGUUCUCAAAGAUGAUUAAUCUUGUUUGUGUUUUUCAUUUCGUGUAUUAUAGAUCAAAUGUUACUCAAUUUCGUAAAAAAAAAUGAUAUGUGGCAUGGACAUACAAAAGAGAGUUACUUUCAGAUAAUGAGUGCAGAAAGCUACUUUCCAAUUUAGCUCUUGAUGCUGUAGCAAUUGUGGAGGAAUGGCGAGUUAAGAAAGUCGAGCAUAAAGUUGAUUAUCGACUUUCUUACACAAAUGAUCAUAAUAUGAC